CAUAGUAGUUCGGUUAUUUUGUACGUGUGGGAAGGCUGUUUUCAGAGUCAGUGACGGCAUAAUGUCUGGUCGUGGCAAGCAGGGAGGUAAAGCCAGAGCGAAGGCGAAAUCUCGCUCAUCUAGAGCUGGUCUCCAGUUCCCCGUUGGCCGUGUUCAUCGUCUGCUCCGCAAGGGCAAUUAUGCUGAGCGCGUGGGGGCUGGGGCGCCAGUCUACUUGGCGGCCGUUUUGGAGUAUUUGACCGCCGAAAUCCUGGAGCUGGCUGGCAACGCGGCUCGGGACAACAAGAAGACGAGGAUCAUCCCUCGCCACUUGCAGCUGGCCAUCCGCAACGACGAAGAGCUCAAUAAACUUCUCGGCAAAGUGACGAUCGCUCAAGGGGGUGUCCUGCCCAAUAUCCAGGCUGUCCUUUUGCCCAAGAAGACGGAAAGCCACAAAGCCAAAGGCAAGUGAGCCUGCUGUCCCUGGGCCCAGCAGGUCUCUCGCCAAACUGAAUCAAAGGCUCUUUUAAGAGCCGCCCACAGUUUCUAGGAUUGAGCUGGCAAUCGCCUGAUUGUUACAAGCUUUAACAAUUCUUCUUGUUUUUCCUUUUGUGCUAGAUCUAAGAAAUGGGGACUAAACCAGCGUGAGGGCUUUUGCUCCUAUGAGUUGGGAUUUGCUAUAAUGUUGUACCUGUACUCUCAAAGCGUUGUUUUUCAUUAACAUUCUUUUACUGCUGAUAUUCAGGGUUCUCUAAGACGGCAGUUCUCUAAAGUUGUGUUUCAGAGCACCAUGUGAUGUUCCUAUAUAUUAGUGUAUAUAUGGUAAGUGCUGGUUGUUUAGAGUAUACAUGGUAAGUAGUGAAAGAGGAGGGGGAGUGAAUGGGCAAUAGAAUGCUUGAUGAUUGGCUGAAUGUUUAAAAUGGCUGACAGUAUAAAUGAAAGGAUGACAGGUAAAUCUGGGUGAAUGUGAGGUGGUAAAUUGUGGAAUCUGGGGGGAGAAAAGAAAGAGUGGAUUGCUUGGUGGGGUUUAGAGAGUUGUUUACCAGGAGGGAGGUGGAGUUCGGAUUAGUAUUGAGUAAAACCAUAUGCUUAUGUGCCUU